UUCUUACCUGCAGACUGAAGGUGGUCAGAGUCCAAAGAAAAACCAGCAACAAAGGCAGCUUCAUGGUGGAUCAGAGAAUGAAGAUCAACGUCCAGCUUCAGCAGCUUCUUCAUCUGGACCCUCCUCCCACCAGCUGCAUGAGUCAAGAGUUUCACAUCCACGAGACGCUUCCAGAGGUUUGUUGAGUUGCAGUCGGAGGUGUUUGUUGGAGAAAGAGGUCCAGGUUUCAGUGCAGACCUGGUUCUGCUGCAGGAAGAUGCUGUUUCUGUUUCUGCUGCUGAGCUUAACGGACGGUGCUGAGGCUCAGCGGGUGUUUGGGCUGAAGAAAGAUGACUCGUGUAUCUGUGAAGUGAACUCCACUGUCUGGAUGUUUCCUGCUCUGAAGUAUGAAUCCGUCCUGCAGCAGAUUCACACCUGUGAAGCUUCUCUGAGCAACCUGCAGCAACAGGUGGCGCUGUCCCGGCAGCGGCUCCCUCAGAUGGAGGCUCAGGUUGUGGAGGUGUGGAAGCGGCUGCAGCCCCACCAGUACCUGCAGCACCAGGGCCUGUACACAGAGCUGACCCUCAGACAGCUGGACCACGAGCUGCAGCAGCUGGAGACACACAUCAGGGAGCUACACAAGCAGCUGAACAACACAGACACACACACGCUGUACACACAGGUGGAUAAACUGCGUUCUGAUGUCAUCAGGAUGCAAACAUCAGACUCAGUGAACAUGAAGACUGUCAGAGAGAAACUCCGUCUCCUGAAGAACAAUGUGGAGUCCUGCAAGUCCAUCCCUGCAGACUACAGAGGUGUGGACAGGUACUGCCUCAAAGGGCUGAUCCGGAGCAUCAGUGAUCCGGUCACCACUAAAGUGGUUCCCCAGGGUAAGAGCUACAUCUCUGGUUCUUGGGGCAAACAGGCCCAGAUGAGCAGCGAGGUCCAGAAGAACCUCUACUGGGUUCAGCCUCUGCUCAGCAGCCACAUCUGGACCAACAUGCUGCGGGUUUACCAGACCUACCAGGACUUCAUGUCCUCUUCUAACCACCGGGACUUCACCGUGGCCUCCUCCUACAGCGACCCCAGCGCCGUGGAGGGUCCGGGCGGCGUCCUGUACGGCGAGGCGCUGUACUACCACUGCUACCGCUCUGCCGAAGUCUGCCGCUACGACCUGAACACCCGGCGGGUCCAUCGGGUGGCGCUGCCGGGCGCCGGCUUCAACAACAAGUUCCCCUACUGCUAUUACGACUGCCGGUCCAACAGCGACGUGGACGUGGAGGCGGACGAGACGGGCCUGUGGGCGCUGUACGCCACCGUGGGUAACCACGGCAACCUGGCAGCCAGCCGGCUGGUCUGGGACGCCGAGGCUGAGAGUCUGAACGUGACGCAGACGUGGAGGACGAGGCUGUUCAAGAAGGCGGCCAGCAACGCCUUCAUGGCGUGCGGCGUGCUGUACGCCACCCGCUACGUGGACGAGCACCGCGAGGAGGUGUUCUACGCCUUCGACACGGCCACGGGCAGAGAGGACAACUCGCUGGCGCUGCCGCUGGAGAAGAUCGCCAAAGGAGUGUCCAGUGUGAGCUACAACCCCACCAACAGGCAGAUCUACAUGUACAACGAUGGAUACCUGCUAGCCUACCAGGCCCACUACUGAUGAUGUCACAGCUCCGCUCUGAUGUCACAGCACUGCUCUGAUGUCACAGCACCAUUCUGAUGUCACAGCUCCGUGAUGUCAGAGCGCUGCCAGCAGGAAGCAGAUUAAACAUAAGUAGAUAAUGAAUGUUGGCUGUAAUCAGAUAUAAUUUUAUAUUUCAGGUUCUAAAGGUUUUUAACUGUGAACCAGCUGCUGAUCUGUCAAAACCACAGUCGUUUUUAAAUGAAUAAAUGAAUCAUUUAGUUUUUGUAGAUUAAACUUCCCUCUGAUGAUAACAAAAAUAUUAAAACUAUGAAUGUUUGAACGCAGCAAAGAUGAAAAAUGAUCCAGAACCUGAAUAAAACUCAACCAGGAACAGCUUCA